AUGCCUUGUAUUAUUGUACUUAAUCGGCGAACAGCAUCGCCUGAGUUCUUUUCGUGGGUUCAUGUACGAAGGCUAUUGUCUCGCCAUACUAAUAAUUGCUCUUGUCCGGUUCGUUCACCAAGGUUGUGCGUGCAAAGGAAACUUUCAUUUUCCAUUAUACUAACAAAAGUAGAAACGAAGGAACUGCUGAUGACUCGGGAAAACGUUCGGAUUCUAUCAGCAGAACCAUUCCAAUUUGCACCGUUGUUUCAUAGCUACGGUUUAAGUGCACACACGUUAAUUAAGGCUUGA